UUCCCCCGGUUCCGGCGCGCUAGAGGCCCCGGGUGGUGAACGAGACUCCGGCACCAUGUCUGGUUUGUCUGGCCCACUAUCCUGGCCUGGCCCUCUCCUGUCCGCCUUGCUCCUUCUGUUCCUUCUCGGCCCCAGCUCGGUCCUCGGCAUCUCCUUCCAUCUACCCGUGAACUCUCGGAAGUGUCUCCGCGAGGAGAUCCACAAAGACUUGCUGGUGACGGGCGCGUACGAGAUCACCGACCAGUCUGGGGGCGCUGGCGGCCUGCGCACCCACCUCAAGAUCACAGAUUCUGCUGGCCAUAUUCUGUAUGCCAAAGAGGAUGCAACUAAAGGGAAGUUUGCCUUUACCACAGAAGACUAUGACAUGUUUGAAGUAUGCUUUGAGAGCAAGGGAACAGGGCGGAUACCUGACCAACUCGUGAUUCUAGACAUGAAGCAUGGAGUAGAGGCGAAAAAUUAUGAAGAGAUCGCAAAAGUUGAGAAACUCAAACCACUGGAAGUGGAGCUACGGCGGCUCGAGGACCUUUCAGAGUCCAUUGUUAACGACUUUGCCUACAUGAAGAAGCGGGAAGAGGAGAUGAGGGACACCAACGAGUCCACAAACACCCGGGUCCUGUACUUCAGCAUCUUUUCCAUGUUCUGCCUCAUUGGACUAGCCACCUGGCAGGUCUUCUACCUGCGUCGCUUCUUCAAGGCCAAGAAGUUGAUAGAGUAAUGAGGCUCAGUCUCCUGUCCCCUGGAGCCAGCAGAACAUCGCUGGGCCGUGCCUGGCCUAGCCCAAGGCCAAGUUACUAACAGUAUAUCAAGGCGCAGCUGAGCAUCUUGCCAGAACUGAUCCUUCUGGUGUGGGAGAGCAUGGGCACCACCCACACCCAGCAAGUCAAUGAGGACUUUAAUGCAGUAGGAUUUGGACUGGUUUGCAACAAGAUUAUUAAAGUCGCCUAUAAAAAAAACAAAACAAAACAACAAACAGGGGUUACCUAGAUAACGCCAAAGCCAGCAUUCGUCCUGGGUCGCCUCACAGGAUCGGUUUGAGCUGUUUGCUUUUUCUCUCCCACUUGCUCACCGCCUUGGUCCUCCACUCUAGUUCUCCUCCAAGAUUUCUCUGACCUCGGUCAGCUCCUUCAUAUCAGUUGUCUCUUUGGUUUCCUUGUGAAACACCUUGAACUUCUCUUGGUCCUUAGAUGAAAUGUUUACAGAGCUUCUGGUGAUAUCCUUCAUAAUUUUAUGUCUUCUAAAAGGGUCAUGGGUGGGACACAAAACAAAGUGAGCUUUGAACUGUAGAUAAUCUCUUAAAAGAAAAUCUCAUUUUAGACCAUUAAAAUGUUUGUGCUCAACUGCUUGAAGUCCUGGUGUAUGUGUGUUUAGUUCUGUCCAGUUAUCACUCGUAGGUCCUGUCGGUCAUCUCAGGUAGAGUAGCUCCAUCACAUGGCUGUUGUAGCUGGCCACUCCCUUCUUCACCCCAGGCUCUGGCUCCCUAAUCUGCUCACUGGUUCUGAACCUUUGUAACUCUGUUAUGUAAAUGGGUCAUCAAGAGUGCAACCUUUGGAGGUUGACUUUCUCCACUCAGCAUAAUUCCCAGGAGGUGCCCCUCAAAGGUGUUGCACACUGAUUUUCCUCCAGGUUAUGGAUGGUACUGCAAUGUGCUUAAAGGGCAUAUGGGUGGGUCUGGUGAUUUGGCCCUUAACCACUAAAGUUCUUAUGUGAAUGUAGGUCUUCAUCACUCUGGGAUAGAUGCUAAAGAGGGCAAUUGCUAUGCUGUGUGGGAAGCACACACGGUUCUAAAUGAAGCCUCCUGCCCUUGUCUAGAGUGGCUAGAGCAUGCUACAUGUCCACAUUCUCCUUAAUCUUUAUCAUUGUUAUUUUAACUUAGCCCCUUGAAUAGGUGCCUGUAAUGUCUCAUUAUGGUUUUAAUUUGCAUUCUCCUAAUGGCAGAUGGUGUUGAGCAUCCUUUCUUGUGCUUGUCAUUCGCCAUCUGUACAUUCUUGUCGGUGAAAUGUCUGUUGGUGGCUUUUGCCCAUUUUCUACAUGAUCAUUUGUUCACUUCACCGCUGAGUUCUGUGUGUGUCCUCUUGGACUUUUGGGUAGUUGCUUGAACUUUUCACAUAACUUCUACCAGGAAGAAUGAGUAAAUUUUACCAGCCCUUCAUGUACAGCCAAUCACUGAUCUAAUUCCUGUUCUUCAGUGUUGUCUCAGAGACGUGGACAUAAAGGGUUUAACUUGGACAUCUGGGAAAGUCACAGAUAGUAAAUACUUGAAAAUAUUUGUUGUAAAAACAAAGCCAAGGUUCACUUGGUGGGAGUUUUAGGUAUCUCAAAGUAGUUCUGGGAGUGUACCUCAGGUAGGUAGGUAGAGUGCCUACCUAACACAUGGAAGGCUGUGCACCUGAUUGCCUGCACUGGGGGGGAAAGUAAGUACAAAUGCUUGUAAACACGAGAAAUACUCAUUCAUGACUUAAGGUCUUUCCUACUUCUCCUGGGAAAGUGGGUAAUCUUUUAACCCUGCUGACCUGUUGUUACAGGGAUUGUCUUAAUUGCAGUCCUGAGAAUUACAGGACUUAGACCCAUGUUGCUUACAGUAAAGAAGUGAAAUAUUGAAGUUAUCAGAGAACACUGUUAAGAUGACCUGGAUGAAGUACGAAGGUGAACAGGAAUGCUUUAUGUGGUUAAGUAUCAGGCUGUUCUGUUAAGGUUCCAGUUACUAUACACUCAAAAGUCUUUGUCUUAGGACUUCCAUAAACGCCUGCAUGGCAUCAAGUGUUCUCUGGUACAACAGUGCCAUCUGCUGUUGAAAAAUGAUAGGUCUCACUUCUAAGAUCUUAGCAUGCAAGUCCUCACCAUGGCACCAGCAGAUGGUCAGAAAUCUGUAACAUCCAUAUAUCAAGUGACAGAAGAACAAUUUAAGUAUGAAAAGAAUAAACAAUAAGAGAAUAAACUUUUGGGUCAAAACCAUAUGUAGACUUUUAAAUGCAAAACCAUGGUGUGUACCAUUAGCCUAACACGAGACUCCUAUUUUCUGACUUGUGCCUUCCCCUCUUUUAGGAGCAAAGACAACCACUCUACUAAUUUUCUGUUUUCUGUCCUGGAAAAUGUCAAUUUUUCAGAGAGGAGAAAAAUAGAGCAUUUUGUCCAUGGUUUUGUUUCCAAGCUCUUGUAAACAAGAACAUCUGUAAACAUAAGCUUUGUAGAACUGAAAUUAUUUCAAGUCCUUUCGUUUGUUUUAAUUCAUGCCAAAAACAACCAACUUGGACAUUGUGCUUGAAGAGCAUUUAUUUGCCUUUGACAGUAGGCUUGCACAAAUGCACAUCAGCUUUAUAAACAGGUUAUUACCUGCUUCCUUUCAUUUUCAGCAUAUUCAAAAUAAUCUGAGAAUAAGACAGUUUCAAUAAACCUUGUUCCGUACCAUUGUCAUGACCCCCACCCCCACCCCCGUCAGAGCCAUCUUCUGUUGUUAAUGGGAAGAGGCAUGUGGGGUUUAUACAGGCUCACCUGUUGGGAGAUUUUUGUGUAAACUUUCACAAAUAAAGGCUAGUAGAAACCA